GCUCGUCAGACCUUCUCUUCCUUCCCGCGGGGCUAUGGAUGGCCUAGUGGUGGGAUUCGGCCAGGAACGCGGGUUGGCGAACUCGCAGCGCUGGGACUCAGGCUUCACCGUGCAUUGUCUCCCCUUCCCGCUUCUAGAAACCAAUGGCGCCUGUUCUGCCUGCGGGGGGCUGGUGGUACCCCUCGUCCUCCCAGACAAGGCGGCCCCGUCCACGCCUGGCGACCCUCCCCGGCCCUGGGACUUCACCUCCGUCGUCGCCCACGCCUCCCUGCCCCUCCCCACCUUCCUGUGUAACGAGGAAGCUCGGGGGGCGUCGGGGCCAGACCCCCUGGAAGUCAGCCUGGCGGACCCUCGGGCCGGCCGGGCCCUCGGCGCACCUCUCAGAGACAGCCUGAAGCACCUCGGCCUGCCCCCGCUGCUGGCUCUGCCCACGCGCUGGCCCCCGGUCCUGGGCGCAGAUGGGGCCCAGGCUCCGGGCCACCUGCCGGGGGCCGAGCGGGCCCCCUGCACCCCAGUGGGUUUCCGCACGCCGGCCGCACUGGCCAGGCACCAGCAGCUGCAGUGCCACCUGCAGGCUCAACGCUGCUUCACCUGCAAGUUCUGCGACAAGGAGUACAGCAGCCUGGGCGCCCUCAAGAUGCAUAUCCGCACACACACGCUGCCCUGCCUCUGCACCGUGUGCGGCAAGGCCUUCUCCAGGCCCUGGCUGCUGCAGGGCCACAUCCGGACCCACACAGGUGAGAAGCCCUACACCUGCCCUCACUGCAGCAGGGCCUUCGCUGACCGCUCCAACCUGCGGGCCCACCUGCAGACGCACUCGGACACCAAGAAAUACCAGUGCAAGCGCUGCGCCAAGACCUUCUCCCGCGUGGCGCUCCUGGCGCGGCACGAGGAGUCCGGCUGCUGCGCCCCCUGAGAGGCGGAGGGGCCGCGGAGCUGGGCGUCCUGGGAGGGCGCUGCCCUUCCCUGCCCACGUGAGGGACUUCUCUCCGGGGACGACUCUCGUCCGGUUGACAGCCUCGUCCACGCCGUUUCCAGCGAGCUCUGGUUCCGGUUCUGUUCCUCCCAGUGACAGCCGGUCGGGAGCCAGUCGUCAGCACGGAAGAUCCCCACGUGAGGCUGACAGCGGGGCUGCCCUGGAUGCCCUCCACUCCGGACCGGCAGUUUGACUUGGGCCGAGCACAUCCGUGUGGGCCACCUGCGUGGGCAGAGCUACCUGGAGGCUCCCCUCCACCUGCCUUUGAUGGCAUCUGGGCCAAGCUGUCUCAUGUCACACGUGCACAGGCGCACACACGCGACAUGCACACACCCUCCCCUCCUCACUAGGCCGUCCUGAGGAUGGGGCAGCGAGGGAGGCCCCGCGGCGGGUGGAUCUGGGGCGAUAAAGAGCCCGCACUCCUGCUGCAACAUCCUCUGAGGCUAUGAGGCUCACCCAGUCCCCUGGGUCCGCAGAGGAGGCCGAGCUCGGACAACCUCUGCUGAGGCAGCCGGGCUCCUGGAUAACGGGACC